AUGCCCGUGAAAACAAGACGUUUGUCUUUGGCUCUUCUUGCCAUCAUGUGUGUCGAUGAAAAGAAAAAGAGAAGACGAAUGUGGACAAAGAAAUGGCUGGGCAGACGUUGCCAGUAUGGUUUGUCAAAUCUACAGCGGGAAUUGGAGGUCGAUGAUAUAAAGGGGUUUCGGGACCUUCUCCGCAUGUCUGUGGAAGAAUUCAACGACCUUCUGGAGAGAGUGACCCCUCAAAUCAUCAAGAGAGACACACACCUGAGGAAGGCGAUCAGUCCUAGGGAGAGGCUCUCUACAGGUGAGACCUUCAAUUCCUUAUCUUUCCAGUUCAGGAUUGGGAGCACCACACUGAGCCGCAUUGUGAUGGAAACCUGUGCAGCCAUAACUCUAGUAUUACGUGAGGAAUACCUAAAGACACUAUCAACUGAGACUGAGUGGAAGGUCAUCGCUAAAGACUUUGAAGACAAGUGGCAUUUUCCACAUUGCAUAGGGGCCAUAGAUGGGAAACACAUCUUCAUUCAACCCCCUGCCAACAGUGGAAGCACGUUUUAUAAUUACAAGUCAAGGUUUUCCAUCAUACUUAUGGCUGUAGUUGACGCAAAUUAUAGAUUUGUAUAUGCAAGUGCAGGGACACAAGGAAGGGCAUCUGAUGCUGGAGUGUUUGCCCAUUCUGAUCUCAGAGAGGCUAUGAACACAGGCACUCUGAAUGUCCCUCCUGAUGCAACCCUGCUAGGCACUGACUCCACAAUGCCAUAUGUGCUCAUUGGUGAUGAAGCAUAUCCCCUUAGGCCAGAUCUGAUGAAACCAUAUCCAUCACGAAACCUCAACCAUGAUCAAAGGAUUUUCAACUACAGGCUUUCCAGAGCACGCCAUGUUGUUGAGAACGCAUUUGGAAUUCUGGCCAAUCGCUUUCGCGUUUUCAGAACCACAAUUUGCCUGCAUCCAGACAAAGUUGUUGCAAUUGUUUUUGCAACACUUGGUCUCCACAACUUCCUCCGACAACAGAGAUCAGAUGCCUACACACCACCUGGCUAUGUGGAUUCUGAAGAUGCAAACCAUCAGCUGGUCAGUGGCACAUGGCGAAGUGAGGGAGCCCUUCAGUCAGUUUCGGCAAGCAGAGCUAGGAACUCCUCAGUGGAUGCUAAGAAACAACGUGAUGUGUUAGCCCAGUACUUUGUCUCACCUGCAGGAAGAAUUUCCUGGCAGGAAAACAUGGUGUAGCUUCAUAUGCGUUAAACUUCUGUAAAUAAAGCGAGAGCAUUGGUUCCACUCAGUCAUUAGCUCAGAUGGUGUUCCUGUCUGGCUGUUAACUUUCUCUGAACAAGAACAAGACAUUGAUUGCAUGUACGGAACUGCAUUUAAAGGCUGAUUUCAACUCUUAGGGUGGAUUCUUUUGAAAAUUCAUAAUGUGUGGGAGUGGAGUGAUGCAUUUUCUUAUGUUUGUAACAUUUGUGAGCAGUACAUUAAAGAAUUUUUCAAAAAGAGUUUUUAUUUAUGAAAACUAUUUAAACAAUGGCAGAUAAAAAACACAGUAAUUUACAUAUACACCAAACAACCUGUGUGGGAGAAAAAAGGGCAAACUUUCCCUUUUUAAGACAAAAUGAUUUAAAAAAAAUACUUAAACAAAGAUACUAUUGAUAAAAGUAAUUAACUAGUCUGAGUUGAGCAGGUGUCUGUAUGACAUUGGCGAUGGUGAUAGCAAAAAGUUGUCAUUCCGUGGUGGCUGGAACUGUUGCAUGUGGAAGGAAGGUGCAGGACUGACAUGUGGAACAGGACAUUGUCCAGCCUGUUCUGCUUCUUGUGCAUCAUAAAUUAAGUUCAUGAUGCUUCUCCUGAGCCUCAGCUGUGAAUGUUUGUCCUUGACAUUCCGCAUUUCUGCGGCUACUUGUUGGCCAAACUGCUCCUCAGCAUCCGAUUGGCUCAGUGAACUCUGUACUUGCUUGAGUAAUGACAGUUUGACCAUCUCUAGGUUUUGCUCAGAUUUCUUGCUGGUGUUCUUUUUGGUGUCUGAGUUGUGCAUUCCGGGUUUUUGGGUGGGCUGCCUCAUGGAUCGGCUUAACUCUGAGCUGUUUGAACUGCUUUCCUCCUCUUCUUCCAAGGCUGGAGAUGAAUUGGACACAUCAGCGUCACUAUGCGGAGCAGACGGGUCCUCGCUCCCCUCUUCAAUGCUGCCCUCAUCUGUAGCACAUGUGGCAUCUGAAUCCAUGCCAAGCUGCAUUGGAAAACAUACAAAUAGAUGGAUGAGGGUUAAUAAAUGUGAGAUCUUAUUAAUUGUAUUAUGUGAGGAGUACAUUUGUUAUGGUGUGUGUG